CUGGGCAGUUACCAAAUGGAGAAAGGUGGAGCGUCGCUUGUAACUCACAGCCAGCAAUCAUUCCCCUCUCCAAUUACACACGGCAUCUCAAGAACUUCAAAUGGGACACUGAAAAAUCCAAACUUUUUUCACAUUUUCAAUUCAGAAUUCCGUUUCAAGGGCACUGCUGUUGCAAGAGCCUCUUUGCAUCAUUCGAUUAGAAAGGGAGCUAAAAGGAGUUUGAUUGAUCGAAGACGAGUGGCCGUAUCCAAGAUGACAGGAUAUGAAGGGGCAUCACUUAAGUCAGAGGGGCUAUCUGGAAAAAUGAUUUUCGAGCCAAUUCUUGAGGAGGGAAUAUUCCGCUUUGAUUGUUCUGCAGAUGAUAGAAAUUCUGCAUUUCCCAGCAUUUCAUUUCAGAAUCCAAAAGCCAGGGAUACACCACUUUCAAAUGUCCACCAAGUUCCAGCUUACAUUCCCAGUUUCGAAUGUGUUUAUGGACAGCAAAUUGUUAAUAUAGAGUUUCCGCCAAACACCUCCUUUUAUGGAACCGGAGAAGUUAGUGGGCAGCUUGAGCGAACAGGGAAGAGGAUUUUUACUUGGAACACGGAUGCUUGGGGCUAUGGUCCCGAGACCACUUCCUUGUACCAAUCACACCCUUGGGUUCUUGCCGUUUUGCCAAGUGGCGAGGCUUUAGGAGUUCUUGCUGAUACAACACGACGGUGUGAGAUAGAUUUGCGGGAAGAAUCGCACCUGAAGCUUAUUUCCACAGCAGCUUACCCUGUCAUUACAUUUGGUCCAUUUGCUUCACCAACUGAUGUUCUCGUAUCUUUCUCUAGAGCAGUUGGUACUGUAUUUAUGCCGCCAAAGUGGUCCUUGGGCUACCAUCAAUGUCGCUGGAGCUAUGAUUCAGAUGCACGAGUUCGUGAGAUUGCGAGGACAUUUCGAGAAAAGGGUAUACCUUGUGAUGUCAUAUGGAUGGACAUAGAUUACAUGGAUGGAUUUCGUUGUUUCACCUUCGACAAGGCACGCUAUUUUCCCAGUCAUGUGUGGCCGGGCCCGUGUGUAUUUCCUGAUUUCACCCAAUCAGGUGCCCGUUCAUGGUGGGCUAAUCUGGUUAAAGAAUUUAUUGCCAAUGGUGUGGAUGGUAUAUGGAACGAUAUGAAUGAACCAGCUGUCUUCAAGACUAUAACAAAGACGAUGCCAGACAGCAACAUUCACCGGGCAGAUUCAGAACUUGGAGGCCAUCAGAACCAUUCACACUAUCAUAAUGUUUACGGUAUGCUGAUGGCUAAAUCAACGUAUGAAGGCAUGAAACUAGCAAAUGAGAAAAAACGACCGUUUGUUCUGACUCGAGCUGGAUUUGUUGGUAGCCAAAGGUAUGCUGCAACAUGGACAGGAGAUAACCUUUCUACCUGGGAGCACCUCCACAUGAGCAUCUCAAUGGUUGUUCAAUUGGGGCUGAGUGGGCAGCCACUUUCAGGCCCGGAUAUUGGUGGAUUUGCUGGUAAUGCCACGCCAAAGAUGUUUGGAAGGUGGAUGGGAUUUGGUGCCAUGUUUCCGUUUUGUCGUGGGCAUUCUGAGACUGACACUGCCGAUCAUGAACCUUGGUGUUUCGGGGAAGAGAUACAUAAAUUUGACCCAAGUGGAUCUUUAAAAAAAAAAAUUGCAGGUAAAGCUGAAGGUUUCCUCUUUGAAGACGAUGGUGAUGGAUAUGAAUACACUAAAGGAGGUUAUCUCUUAACAACUUAUGCUGCUGAAAAGCACUCUUCCGUGGUUAUUGUGAAGGUUUUGAAAACUGAAGGCUCUUGGACGAGGCCAAACCGUAGGUUAAACGUGAAACUUCUUCUUGGGAAAUGUGCUAUGAUUGAUGCAUGGGGUGUCGAUGGAGAAACUCUGGAGAUUCCAUUGCCUCCGGAAAGUGAAGUGCCAGAUUUAGUGCUGGCUGGUGCAAAGCAAUUUAGAACUCGUUUAGAAACUGCUAAACGUAUUCCGGACCAAGAUAAUUUCCCUGGACACAAAGGUACAGAACUAUCAAGAACACCAGUCGAAAUAAAAAGUGGGGAUUGGGCUUUGAAAGUUGUACCAUGGAUUGGAGGUAGAGUGAUUUCAAUGCAGCACCUCCCGUCAGGUACUCAGUGGCUUCAUAGCCGAGUGGAUAUCAAUGGCUAUGAGGAGUACAGUAGCGUGGAGUUCCGAUCAGCAGGAUGCUCUGAGGAAUAUUUAGUUGUUGAGCGGGGAAUGGAGUUAGCCGGAGAAAUGGAGUCACUGCAAUUAGAAGGUGAUAUUGGAGGUGGUUUAGCCCUCGAACGACAGAUAUAUAUUCCGAAAGACAAUAAGAAGAUUAUCCGUAUAGAUUCGGGCUUAGUGGCCCGCAAAGUUGGUGCUGGAUCUGGAGGAUUUUCAAGGUCCAGAAGUAUUUUGUUCUGCAUUGUUCUGUUGAACUGGAAAAACGUACAUGAAAAAACUGCAUUACUGCUCGUUUGUUUGAGAGUUCACCCAACUUUCAAUUUGCUGCACCCUACUGAAUCAUAUGUAUCGUUUACCGCCAUUGAUGGGUCCAAACGUGAGAUUUGGCCGGAAUCCGGCGAACUUGCUCUCCAAGGGGAAUUUCGCCCAAACGGUGAAUGGAGGCUCAUCGAUAGAUGUCUCGGUUUGGCUCUAGUAAACCGGUUUAAUACAGCUCAAGUUUACAAAUGUCUAAUUCACUGGGGAACGGGCACAGUAAAUCUGGAGCUCUGGUCAGAAGAGAGGCCCGUCUCGAAGGGCUCUCCACUCAAAAUAUCUCAUGAGUACGAGGUAAUUGAAAUACCUUAG